CAUGGAGUCUCUCUCCUCUUCUAUGGGAGAGUUUGGGGGCUCGCCUCUAUAUCAUUCUCCUUCAUUUGGUGGUCAACACGAGAGAGCCGGAAAAAGGAUUCUUAUUUCAGAGGCUUACCCUCCUUUACAGUAGACCAAUCGGUGGGAACACGAAGAGUUAAGGAGCUCACUUUGGUGCGAACUGAACGAGAGGGAGAGAGCGAGAGAUCUUGUCCUUGACAGGAACGAGGGCUUAGAUCUUAGAAAUCACUUGUCAUCUUCUCCGGCAAAGGAAAUGGUGACAGUGGAGGCUUGCUGUGGUAAGAGUUAUUGGCUCUUUGCCGUAGGCCUAGUUUGGUUUGGAACGACUGACUCGUGUCUAUUUAGCCUACUAUGAUUCAUGUCCCAACUCUAAAUCUCCGUUUCCAUCACCUUCCUUCUGAAAUCCAGUUGCCCCGAAAUCUUCCUCUCUAUCUCGAAUGAGAAAUCAAAGACAACGAAUACCGAUCCCUCACACGAUCUUCUUCUUCCUCCUCUUCCCGCUCACAUCGCUACAGUAUGUGAAGAGCCAAGGCCUGGACCUCAUCAAGAGGACUUGCCGGCAAACGGACGAUUUCGAUUUCUGCCUGACCACGCUUCAGGCCGUGAACGGAAGCUACAGUGCUGACCUCGCGGGCUUGGAGAACAUCACCGUGACACUGGGGAUCAGGAACGCCACCUCCACGCUCUACCUCAUCAACGUGCUUUUCCAAAGGACGAGAUGGGGGACGCCGCUGAGCGAUUACCUGGAAAAAUGUGAGGAGAUGUACUCGUACGCGCUCAUCAGCCUGCGCUUCGCCGUGGAUCAGCUGAGGAAGAGGGCCUACGCUCAGGUGCGGUCCGCCAUCGCCGAGUCCAUCGUCAACGUGGUUGGGUGCGAUGAUCAGAAGAUCUACUCGCCGCCUCUGGCGAAGCAGAAUCAGGACCUUAUGAAACUUGGGGAGCUUGCUCUCUCCAUUCUCAAGCUCACUGGGUAUCAAGGCUGAGAUCUCUGUGUUCUUUCUUGCGCGUUGAUCAAUGAGAAAAACUGUUUCAUUUUCA